UAUAAAUCAGAAACGACAAGACAAUCACUGCGUGAUGAGAUACACAAAGUGAAACAAGACCUGGAUUAUUUAGAAAAUACAAGAAAGUCACUGUGUGAUGAGCUGACACAAGUGAAACAAGACUUGGAUAGAUCAGAAAAGGAAAGAGCUGUAGUUCAGGCGAAGUUUCCACAAAUCAAAGAAUACUUCAACUGGAUUCAACCCAUUGGGACAGUUGAGGUCAAGAAGAGCACAUACAAUAUGGGUUAUGGAGAACAACGUAUUAUCAUGUUGAUUUUUACUUUCCCGGAUGGCAUUCAGACGGCGCACCAUCCGUCCCCGGGAAGCUCGUAUAAAGGCGAUACGUUCACAGGAUAUCUGCAUUGCAACUCUGAGGGCAAGCUGCUAUGUAGCAUGUUAAAGGCGGCUUUUAGGAGAGGGCUGGUGUUCACAUUGGGGAAGGAAGGAAAAGUUGUCCUGGAUGGUGUCUCAUUGUAUAUUCGUCCAGUGUAUCUUAACACAUGGAAGAUAAAUCCGGAUUAUGUCAAAUAUGUACAGACCUUGAAAGCGGAACUGGCAGCCAAAGGCAUCACAGAGGCGGACAUAGAUCAGGAAGAAAAGCUAGUAGAAACUUUCACUGUCGAUGGUUUGAAGUCGCGCUGAGUUCUGUAAUGAUAUGAUAGCAAAAUGGCAUACAAGGGAAUAAUUAAGGCGCAUGUUGAACCUGACGGAAACUUGAAAACAGUCUUUCUCGAUCUUUUGUCUGUAUACUUUCAUUGGCCAACUGUUAUGACUAUUAUCUCUACCAACGAUCUCGUGUAAAAAAAGAAUUACUGGCGUGAUGUAUACGAUGUUUUACGUAGUUGUUUUACUUAUACUUAAGACAUAUAUUCUAUUUUGUUUACCUUGGUAAAUAUUAAACAUUUUAUGAAUAUUUUAUAUGUCUGUAA